CCCCAUCUUUUCUAAAAUCUACUCAGAAAUUACAUUCUUUUUCAUUUGUUCUUCACAAUUUUGCAGACAGGGGAGCGCAUUCAAGUGUCAAACUCUCAGAACAUAAGAAAACAGCUGGCCUUUGGCGAAGAGUAUCCAUUGAUGAAGAUGAUGGGCCAACACCGUUUCAUGAGGAGCACGUUCAGCAAUAAGCCCCCACACACCCAAAAGGAAUUAAAGAAGAAAAAAAGGAAACCAAACCAACUGAAAUCAUUACAAAGCAAACAAACAAAGAUAAAAGAAACUAAACUAUGUGAUUCACAAUCACAAUGUCUCUUUACCGACACAAAGAACUCUGUUCAAUCUCAGUCAAAUUCUAACGAAAACUCCCAACCCUUUCGUUUUUCUUCUGUUUUUUCUUGUUUUGAAGGAAACCCAUCUCCAGAAAUGGGGAAAACUGGAACCAAGUUGCCAAGUUUCUGCCUGAACCGGAUCCGGCCUCACGUUCGAGUGCCUAUUCAGUCCAAAUUGGACUCUGUUUCUGUGAAAACCGGACCGAAGAAGGCUGAUGAUUGUGUAGUGGGUGGUGAGGUUGGAGCUAAGCCAGGGCUGGGAAAUGGAAGGAAGAUCAUGAUUGUGAUUGAUUCCACCAUUGAAGCUGAAGGAGCUCUUCAAUGGGCUCUGUCUCACACUGUGCAGAAUCAAGACAAGAUUGUUCUACUCCAUGUUAUCAAGCCUUCAAGAAAGGGGGAAGGACUAAGCAAGGAGACAUCACCAAGAGCAUAUGAAUUGGUUCAUUCCAUGAGAAAUUUAUGUCAAUUGAAGAGACCAGAGGUGGAAGUCGAAGUUGCAGUGGUGGAAGGAGGGAAAGAGAAAGGGUCGGUGAUUGUGGAAGAAGCGAGAAAGCAAGAGGCAUCGUUGCUGGUUUUGGGGCAGAAGAAACGGUCCACGACAUGGCGGCUUCUGAUGGUGUGGGCUGGACACCGAUGGGGCGGCGGCGGCGGCGUCGGUGGCGGUGGGGCAGUGGAGUAUUGCAUACAGAAUGCGAGCUGUAUGGCGAUUGCAGUGAGAAGGAAGAGCAAGAAAUUGGGUGGGUAUUUGAUCACGACAAAGCGACAAAAGGAUUUCUGGCUUUUGGCUUAAUUAAUUAGAAACCAAAAAUUGGUCCGAGUUGUGGUUUGCAUAUUGAAGGGUGUGGGUUGUAUAUAAUCGGCAGUGAUGAUUUGGGGAAUCCUAUCUAUUAAUUGGGACAGCUUGAGUGUCCACUGUCCAAGAGUUUGGUCUAAUUUCUAAUUUCUUUAAUGGAUUGAUUUGGCUUCCUUUC